AGAUCACUACGAAGGAGUUAACCCCGAAGGCGGACGCUGUCUAUGAUAAUCUGGCUGUCUAUUUGGUUUGGCAACCACUUCGUCCGGAACUGUCUGGAAUUGAGCAAACUGCAAAGGAGAUCGAAUAUCGGCUGGAAUAUUCCGUUCAGACGAGUCCGGUGGAAGAUCAACGUGAUAGUCCAAAUACGACUCGUCCGUUGGCCGCCUUGGUUGGCCUCGUCGGUCACGAGGCGGUACGUUGGAGCGAUCCGAGCUCUUUGAAACAAC